AGAAGAAAGUGAUGUGCAUGAAGCCAACCAGAAAUGGCCGCAUAGGCAGUUAUCUACUUCAAUGUUUCAUCACCACUGAUGUAUGCAAGGGAUCUUUCUAUCCAUUUCUCUUUCCCUUUUCUUCCCAAGAAUUCUGCUAGAUUCGUAAAAGCUAACAAUCCCAUCAAAUUACACUCUCGUUCGCUUCAGUUUCAUCAAGUUGCUUAUUUUCUGAGGAACCUAAGAGCUGCAUCUGCAUCUUUAUCGGCUUCUAUGGCUACAGGAAGUUGGAAAGAGGUUCUUUCGCCUGCUCUAACUUCUACCUCAGAGCCACCUCCUAUCUUCGAUGGAACAACAAGGUUGUACAUAUCGUAUUCAUGCCCAUAUGCUCAGCGUGUGUGGAUUACUCGCAACUGUAAGGGAUUGCAGGACAAGAUCAAAUUGGUUCCUAUUGAUCUGCAAAAUAGACCCACCUGGUACAAGGAGAAAGUCUACCCUCCUAACAAGGUACUCAUGCAGGUACCUUCAAUGGAACAUGAUAAUGAAGUCAAAGGAGAGUCUCUUGAUUUGGUUAAGUACAUUGACAGUAACUUUGAUGGGCCAUCACUUUUCCCUGAUGAUCCUGCAAAGAAAGAGUUAGCAGAAGAGUUGUUUGCCUACACCGACUCGUUCAACAAAGCUCUAGUUUCCUUGUUCAAAGGAGAUGCAAAUGAAGCCGGUACUGCACUUGAUUUCAUUGAAACAUCUCUUUCCAAAUAUAAUGAUGGACCCUUUUUCCUUGGCCAGUUCAGUUUGGUGGAUAUCGUGUAUGCUCCAUUCAUUGAAAGAUUUCAGCCUGCCUUGUUGGAUGUAAGGAAAUAUGAUAUCACUGAAGGCCGACCUAAUCUGGCUGCUUGGAUUGAGGAGAUGAACAAAAUUGAGGCCUACGAUCAAACCCGGCGAGAUCCAAAGGAGAUGUUGAAACCUGCAAGAAAUGCUUUUUGGCUCAUCUCUGAAGUCUGUUGUUGCCAUGAAGUCUGAUAGUUUGAGAUCAGAAUUUUUGUUCAAAAGUUCUUAAGGUCCACAUUUUACACAAAAGUUAUUAAGGUCCAGACCUUACCUUUGUAUGUCUUCAUGAAGUACAAUAAUUUGAAAAAGAUUUACAUAUUUAUCUAUC